UCCGUCCAAGGCGGCAACAAAGAUCAUUGAUCGGACGCCAUAGAAAGAGAUGUCUGCACUGCGUUAUGGUAACGGCUAUGCAACUAAUAUCAGGGGUGGCGGCGCACCUGAGUGGUACUGCCUGGCGGUGCCAUUGCUCUACGCCAUUGAAACCAGAGAUUGGUCGACGGCUGACGACGACCGCCAAGCACGAGUUAAAAGGCGCUGACAUGAUACCUGCUCAAAACGCCAGACAAGCUGUCUGGACGUCCCGUUCGUGGAAAGCAGCGCUGAGGGGUCUAAGAGAUCGUAGGGUCUCAUCAAACUCCAUUUUGAAACAGGCAUCACUUAGUUCCAGUCCUGACACAGCAAAAGGAGCCAUAGCUUCGGGCGCGCAGUGAUUAGUACUUUGUGAGACGGAAACCAGGGUCAAUCGCCUAUAACAAGUGGAUAUCAAAAGAAGAAAUCUCUACUUUCCCAACAUCAUCACUUAUGAUGCCCAGCUCAGCUCGGUUGAAACUACCUUACCAUCGCACUCCAAGCCAUUAUCCGUGAACAUCAUCC